AUGUCUGCCAAGAACGUAAACUUCGCUAUUGAUGAAGUGUCGUUCAAGCCCAACAACCAUGUCGCGCUUUUGGACAUUCCCGCCAAUAAACCACAGUUUGAGGAUGUUGGUCGAUUCCUCAGGAACUCUCCCAUUUUCUUUGCUAUCUUUCAUGAACAUGUCAUUGUGAAAGAAGUCCUUCAGCAGUUCUGGUUUACUGCUGAAGUCAAGCAAGAAACUGACAAGACUGGGAUUGUCCUCACUGAUGAUGAAACAAUCACCAUAGGACUUGAGGUUGCUCCUCUCGAGAUUUCUCAGUCAACGGAAGCCUAUCCUCUCGAAGGCAAACAAGGGAGAACCAGCAUCAAUCCUUCAGAUGGUGCUGAUGACCCCUCAGAACCGCCAGCCAUGGAAGAAGAAUACAACAUGGAUGAGGAUGUCAAGCUGAUUCUCCCAGCUGAAGAGACUGUCUUAAUCAAAAUGGACCAAGUCCAUGAAUACAUGCCUCUCCGGGAUGACCUUUCUUUUGACCUCUCAGCUGUCAAAUUUGAAGUUAAUGAUGUGAAGAAACUGCUAUCAAUGGUGCAAGCCGAUGUGUGCACCAAAGCUGAGGCCAUCUCUGCUCUCAAAAGCAAAGCUGACAAAACGCAUGCUCAACUUACCAAGCAUGGUGAGAUGAUGCAUCAGAUAUUGGAUCUUCUUCAACGUUUAGAGCCAGUUCCUGCAUCCUCCUUCACAGUUGAGGAUCGCCUAUUGCUGGAUCAAGUGCUUGAACUUGGUCUUCUUCAAGCUCAAUCUCUAGCCAAGAUUAAACAACAAUUGGAUAUAGAUGCUAAAACUAAUGCUGAUGCUCAAGAUGAAAGAGUUAAAGCAAAUAAAGUUGCUGCUGAAGUUGUAGAUGCCAUCACUUCCCAUGAAGCUGAAGCUGUUGCUGAAGUUGAGGAAAUUAAUGAUGUCGUCAGAGCUGAUGCUCAAGACGAAGACCUUCCUAUCACCUCUGCAGUUGAUGUUGGUGAUAAAGAAGAUGAAGAUGACGAUGAUGAUGAAGAUGAUGAUCCUUCUUCCUUUCCUGAUGCUGGAAAAGAUCUUGGUGAUGAUGAUGAUGAAGACGAUGAUGACAACUUCACUAUUUAA